AAAAAACUUUAUAAUUGUAUAUAAUUCUCCUUAAUUAAUUAACUAAUUGACCCUCUACUAUAAAUCACACAAAUUUCCACCAGAUUUUUUGAGAAAGAGAGAAAAUGGAAAGUAAGGACAAUAAUGUGAGGUUGCAUGGAAUGUGGGCAAGUAUAUAUUCAAAGAGGGUAGAGUAUGCCCUCAAAAUCAAGGGUAUACCUUAUGAGUAUAUUGAGGAAGAUCUUAUAAACAAGAGCCAAGCCUUGGUUGAGUACAACCCGGUUCACAAAAAGGUGCCAGUUUUGGUACACAAUGGCAAGCCUCUUGCUGAGUCUUUGGUCAUACUUGAAUAUAUCGACGAGGCCUGGCCAACUUACACGCCGAGGCUUCUGCCUGACGAUCCAUACGAGCGAGCUAGGGUUCGAUUUUGGGCUAGUUUUCUCACACACCAGCUGCCUGAAAGCGCGAAAAAGGUCUUCUUCUGCAGUGGAGAAGCACAAGAUCAAGCCCUUCAAGAACUGCACGACAAACUAACCAUGAUGGAGCAUGAAAUGACCGAAUUCAUACCAAUAGAUGUGAAUUCCGUCACGAACGAAAGUUUAGGCAUUCUUGACAUCAAUUUGGUGACGAUUUUUGCUUCUCACAAAGCUCAAGAAGAAGUGCUAGGGAAGAAGAUAUUAGACCCUGAAAAGCACCCUUUGUUGUAUUCAUGGGUAGCUGCUCUGACGAACCUGCCCGUGAUCAAAGAGAGCAUCCCACCCUCCCAUGACACACUUGUGGCCGCUCUUAAAAAAUGGUCCACAACUCCACAUGAUCAAAUGAGGUUCAUUUAGUGGUUUUAAGGUGUCAUUUCUUUGAUUUUAUCAUCUUUGUGUGCUGAAAAUGUUCGAGUCCAUGGUCAAUAUUGGUGUAAUAAGAAUCUAUUUAUCAAGUAAUUUGCAUUUUUUGAAUGCAACUAAUUGUAAUAUACUACAUCCGUUCCUGAAAGUUCCUUACGCUUUGAGAUGUGUGUUCAAAGUAUGAAAUCAUUUACCGUAAAUUCUCACAAUUAUAUACAU